AUUCGAAUCUCCUCUGUUGUAUAAGCUGCUCGACCUGGGCUUCAAUUUUUUGUAUAUUUUAAUCCUCAAGAAUGGCAUUGUCUUCUUUUAAAAUAUGUACAAGACUGUUCCAAGAGAGUACACCUGUAUGUAGAAGUUUUCAUACCUGCAAUCCAAAAUAUUUUCACGACUCUAGCAUUCUCAAUUCCAUGCCAACAAAACGUAAAGUCAAAAUUGAUCCAAGAAUCCUAAUAGAAAAUGAACAAAAGAAGAGGAAAAAAAUUGAAAACGAACUCCGGAAACUCGAAAGGCAUGAAGGGACACUGAAACCUAUAGAUGAAUAUGAUUCCGAGAGAAAGUUGAAACGCCAAGUCAGUGACAGAGCCAGGACAAUUCCAGAGUUACCCAAAGAAGAAGUAUUAAGAAGAAUUCAACUAGAGAAAGACUGGUGUAAUUAUACAACCAAACAAUACAAAGCUCUGUGUUGGAGCAUAAAUCGAGCCACAAAGUUCUCAGCUGAAACCCUAGCAGAACUUAGAAAGGAGUCAGAAGAACUCUAUGUGCAAGCUAUUCAGGAAGAUCCUAGUCUUUUAUCUUACUCCAAAAGUGGACCUUCGUUAACACCACCAAUUGAAGAUUACAAUUUCCCUGAUGGAGAAUAUAAUGAUGUGACUAAAGUUUGGUGAUUUCAAUCAAUGUAUAAACUAUCUAUUUAUGUACAUACAUGUAUGGAGGUGUGCUGUGACCAGUUGUUAAGGAACUUUGCGCAAGUUUUGUCC